AUGGCGUCAAGAAGGUCGUCGGCAAUAUCAGCGAAAUCCGUCAAGCAGAGAAAAUACUCGACGGACCGCCAUCAACGGCAAGCCGAGCUCUCCAUCCGGAUUGAAGAGGGCCGAUCGCUACGCCCUCCGCUGGUCCAUGAAGAAGAUGUCUCGACGUCUUUCGUCCAGGACUUCUUCUCCAAGCCCGAGUCCAACACUGUCGUCUCGCUCAGUCAUGCGGACGCCGGCCCAUCGCCGCUCGAUAUCCAUCCGGGCCAGCGCGUCAGGGGAUUCUCCGAGGCCUUCGACGAACUUGUCGCCAGCGAGGAGUCGGUCGACUUUAAGAUUCCAUUUCCAGAACCUAACGCAGAGCAACAGCUGGAGAUCGAGCAGCGUGCGGCCGUUUUCAGACGCACCAACACUGACAUUGAUGCCGAGCAAGCACAUUUGCGCAUCGCACACUCGACCUCGGACGCGCGGGACAGAAAUGGCCUAGUUCAGCGUGUCCAGAGGUUGCUUGGACAACAGUCCGUCAUCAAGCCUGGCGCAUUCACGGGGCUUCGGUAUGCUGCUGGCCUUGCCACGGCGCACGCGAAUGCGAUUAUCUCACAGAAACCUGCUCCACUAUUCACGCGGAGGGCAUUAUACGUACUAGAAUACGAUACCGAUGAAAGCGGUGUUCUCUUAUGUGCACCGCCAAAACUGUGCGGCAGCGUAUCCAGCCUCAGGCAGCAUCUGGAAGAGACAGAGCCUAAAUCUCUCCUCCGACUGAUUUAUGUAUGCAACAACGAGGAAGCCGUCAAUUAUCUGAGCAACGCGUUCGGAGUCAGUGGAUCCAGCGGGGAGACCAAUGAACGCAGCUUUCGAGACUGGAUACAAGACGAUCGCGACAUUCGCAGGGCCUCGCUCAAGGCUAUCCGAUGGCGGCCGGCGUUCGACAUUGCAAGGGGUGUCAUUUGCAGCGCAUUCGGCUUCGAUUUCGGAUCCCUUGUCAUCCCACGUGAAAAGAAACAUACAAAGCAGCAAGGUCCGAACCACAACCGUAUGACGCCUAACAAUACGGCGCUCUUCCGCCAACGUAUCGCCGUGUACAUGCAGCGGGCUUCGUCCGAAGCCCUGCCCGGACCACGAGUUACCCGCUUCAACUCAGGCUUCCGUCAUCUUCACGAAAUGGCGAAGCACGACACCAUCAUCGUCUGCGAAUACUCAUCCGGCGAAGUCGGCGAGGUCGUCAGGGCCUCGGCUCUCCUUGGCCUAGAUCCAGUCGACACCGUCAAAGACCGAAGCCUAGCAUCCGUGUUCGUUUUGCAAGGCGUCAUGACGCACGUCUUCGAAGGCUUAUAUCAGAUCUGGCGCGAACAGAUCGCACUGAUCCACGAACCGCACGCUACGCUCGAAGAUCACAUCUACAGCCACCCAGCCGACGCGAGUCGGGCGCGCGACGUCUGGGCGCUCUCACAGCGCUUGCACGGCAUGUUGAAGCUGGUGAAUCGGCAUUCGAAAGUCAUUGAGACCGUGCAGGAGGAUUUCUUCACGCUCGCCGAGUGGAAGGAACAAGGCGAGUGGUUGGGCCAUGUGCUGGAUGACUUUGAGCUGCUCGCGGAUAAUAUUCGCACUGAUUAUCUCGAGCCUUUGGAACAUAUGAUUGAUUUGGUUAGCAACCCAUUUUCCACGCUCCUUUCCAAUUGUUGUCCAGCCUGA